CCCCCCUCCCCCACAGCCUACGCCAGCACGGACAGCACCAAGUGGCAGGCGUUCGUCGGCAAGAUCUUGUACGUGGACGCGGACACGCUGUGGAGUGGCCUCAUCUGGAGCGAGGCGGCGACGCAGGUCAUGUACUCGCUCGGGCUGGCACACGCCGGGAUCCAUACCCUGGCCUCAUACAACACGUUCCGACACAACAUCCUGAGGGACGCCAUCCUCCUCGUGCUGGUGGACACGGUCACCUCGAUCCUGUGCACGCUCGUGGUGUUCAGCUCGCUGGCCACCAUCGCGGAAGAUCUCCCCACGGAGGAACAGGAGCUCACGAAGCUGGUGUUCGUCGUGUUCCCGGGGCUGCUCUCCAAGAUCGACACGCACCCGUGGCCCAUCAUCGUGUUCUGCAUGAUCUUCUUCUUCGGAUUCAACAGCCAGUUCGCCAUGGUGGAGACCAUCACCACCGCUUUCUUCGACCAGUUCCACGCGCUGCGCCGCUGCUACGUGCCCGUGGUGGUGGCCACGUGCGCGGUGCUCUUCACGACGGGGAUCCCCAUGUGCAUGCGCGGCGGCAUCACCUUCUUCCAGUUCCUCGACAAGAACAUCACCGCCCAUUCCUUCCUGUUCCUCGGGCUGUCGGAGGUCUUCAUCGUCAGCUACGCCUACGGAUUCGAGAACUUCAUGUCCAUCAUAAGAGACCGCAUGAAGGUGUCUGUUUUCAAGCCUUUCUACUGGUACUUCAAGGUCAUGUACACGGUCGUCACGCCUUUCUUCAUGCUGGUGUGCCUCGCUCACUCCCUCCACAAGCGAGACUGGAGCAGAGACGCCUGGGGGGUCACGGGGAUCGCCUUCGCGCUCUUCCCCU